CUGGCAAGAUGUCCCCUUGGGUCAUACUGAGCAGCUGACUGUAUACAAGCUGCAAUAUGUCAGAGGAGCGAGGAAAUGACUCGCCGUCUGAGAUGCGUCUCUCUUUAAAACAGAGCUCUGUGUCUGGUGGCAUGCCGAACUUCAGUGAGAAAAAAAAGUCAUCUACCAAAAGUGUAGUAUCAGGCUCACUUGUAUCCAGCUCUGUGUCUGUGACGAGUGACCAAUCAAGACGUGAACCACUGAACUUCAGUGACAAAAAAUCACCAUCUGCCGGAAGUGUAGUAUCAGGCUCACUUGUAUCCAGCUCUGUGUCUGUGACGAGUGACCAAUCAAGACGUGAACCACUGAACUUCAGUGACAAAAAAUCACCAUCUGCCGGAAGUGUAAGAUCAGGCUCACUUGUAUCCAGCUCUGUGUCUGUGACGAGUGACCAAUCAAGACGUGAACCACUGAACUUCAGUGACAAAAAAACACCAUCUGCUGGAAGUGUCAGACCAGGCUCAAUUGUAUCCAGCUCUAUGUCUGUGAAGAGUGACCAAUCAAGAGAUCCACCACUGGACUUCAGUGACAAAAAAACACAAUCUGCCAGAAGAACAUUAGAUUCAGACUUCCCCAGACUCACAGAGCUUGAGAACAAAAUAAUAAAUUUCCUGAAGAAUGAGCUUGAACGAUUUAGGAAAAUAUUACAAAAGGACGGCACACAAGAGAAAGACUUUGUGAAGGACUUUAAUGAGAAUAAAUGUAGUAUCAAAGAAGCAGCUCUUGAGCUCACACUCUGUUUCCUGAGGGAGAUGAAGCAACAUGAAGCUGCUGAUACUCUAGAAGAUUCUACAGAACAGGCAAACAAAAAUGAAGCCAUGGUUGAUUUGCUCAAGACUGCAGUGGACAAGGCACUUGAGAGUGACAAUGGACAUCUGGACCUUUUCCUUCGUUUCUUUCUCGCUCUGUCACUCCAGUCCAAUCGACAACUCUUACGAGGACUGUUGACACAGCAAGACUGCAAUGAACAGGACUACAAGGAAAUAUGGUCUGCUUUGCUUUUGUGUUGUUUGACAUCAUCGAGAGAGGAGCUGGAGGAGUUUGAACUUCAGAAAUUCAAGAAAUCAGAUGAGUGUCUCAUUAGACUAUCAUCUGUCAUCAGAACCUCCAAAAGAGCUCUACUAAAUGAUUGUAACUUAACAGAAAAAAGCUGUCCAGCUCUUGCUACACUUCUUGGAUCAGAUAACAGUCUGAAAGAGCUGAACAUAAACAAUAAUAAUCUGCAAGAUUCAGGAGUGAAGAAAAUCUGCAGUGGACUGAAGAUGUUAAAGUGUGAAUUGGAGAUACUGAGACUUUCAAACUGCAGUUUCACUGAAGAAGGUUAUAAAGCUCUGGCUUUAGCUCUGAGAUCAAACCCUUCACACCUGAUAGAGCUAGAUCUGGCAGGAAAUGAUCCUCGACAAUCAGGAGUGAAUCAGCUCACUAAUGUGCUCAAGAAUGGAUACUGUAAAUUAAAGAUACUCAGGUGA